GUUUUAUUUUACAUUUGAAGGAUGUUUUGAAGAACUCUAGAAUUUUUGUUUUUAAACAUACGACAACCCUGGGUAAGGUAUUCGGUAUUGUUUACAAAACGUACAAGGUAGUGUGUGUGUUGCUUAGUAUUAGAAAAUACUUAUGUUUAUAAAUUAAUGUAGAAAAUUUGUUCAGUUUCAGCCUUGUUCUUCAACGUUUUUAUAAAGUUCCCAUAUAUAAAAUAGUGAAUCAUUGAUAUAAAAACCUCGUAUGUUUUCAAGACAUUGCAAGACUAUUUUUUUGCCAUUUAAUUGUGGAAAAGCGACGGUAAUAGAUUGAUUCUUACUAAAAUUUCUAACACUUUCACUGCAUUAAUAAGCAUUCAAACAUGAAGCUUCGCAGUGGAAAGACCCUGUCCAGCGAAUUAAGCGAUGUUUUUCCAUCUAGUAAAAAUGAACCCAGAAAAUUUACAAGCGAAGUGGUUAAAAAGUCACGUAUCACUAAGCAAAGGAAUAAACCUUGCAGUUCGUCUGACAGCAGUUCUGAAACACUAGUUAGUGAUUCAAGCGACGAUACCUUUAGUGUAUCGCCAAAAUCUAAAGUAGGAACGAAAUCUUCUAAAGUAGUACCACUAAAAAGGCAUAACAUCCAAGGUGGUAACACUCUCCAAAGAAAAUCAACUAGAAAAUCGAAUAAAGCACAAUCUAUUGAAGAUAACGAGAAAAUUUUAUUUUUAGGGGAUAAUCUCAAAAGACUUUCUAUUACAGUCAGUGAGGAUUCUGUAGUGCAUCCUGCAGAAACCAAGGUUAAAGUUGUGAAACAUGGCUUAAAAUUGUCGAAAAAAACACUUUGUAGGAGCGUUUUACCUUUCAAACAAACAUGUUCAAAAUCGAACACUAGUAAUGAUUUAGCUGUAUCUCAAAAUAAUGAUUCGGAAAGCACAGAUACUGCAGCAUAUGCAGACAUUCAAAAUUACACACAAGAAAAAAAUUCCGGACAAAUUUUUUCUCAAAGGAAUGUAGCAGAUGGAACACAAAAUGAAGUUUCCAAACCAAAAUUACCAUUAAAGUGUGGUCAGCUGAAAUGCAGAAGUAAGUUAUUGGGAGCAAGCAUGGCUGGAACUGUUAAAUGUGCCACUAGCAUUAAACCAUUAGUAACGAAAACACUUUCAGGAAAUACAAGUAAGGUUGUACCUGUGAUAUAUAUAGAAAGUUCAAGCUCUAGUGAAGAUGAGGGUUGUGAUGGGAGCAACACUGGAGGAAGUGUGGGAAAACAAGCCGUCACAAUAGGAGAGAGCAGUGUUGGUGGCAAAGAAGUGAGUAACAAUGAAAUAAAACCAGAGAUAAAUGAGACGGGUUAUCACAACAUUCUCGAGAAUGAGAAAAAGGAUGAUCUCAGUAUUGAAAGUUUACCAGAGCCAGCACUUAAACCUGCAGAAGAAAACCAGACGCAACGUGCUUGUCUCGGUACUGACAACGAGCCGGUGUCGAGCAGUGUGCACCAUGCCAGGUCGGCCAGAAGACGACCGCGACCCCGGAAGAAGAAGCACGCCUGGUCCGGCAUGAGCGGCCGGUACCCGGCCGGCCAGGCGAUGUACCAGAGCUGGCAGUCGUGCUCCAGCAGUCGCUGGGGGGCUCCGGAGCGGGGCCGGCAGUGCUACGGCACCGUGCCCCCCUGGAGGGCCGGAGCUGGGGACCGCGCCUGGCAGUACGACGCCGGCGUUCGUGCAGUGCACGCGCAGGCCCCUCCCGACCGCGACGCCCGGAGCCUGCCCCCCGGGGCGGGCAUGCAGAACCCAGUCAGCUCGUUCGGGGGCAACGUGUACCUGCCGAGCUCGCAGCCGGUCUGCAAGCGCGGGCUGCGGCCGGUCAUCAUAGACGGCAGUAACGUUGCCAUGGGGCACGGGGGGAACGGCCGCUUCUCGUACCGGGGCCUGCAGAUCUGCGUGGACUACUUCGUGCGGCGCGGCCACAAGGUGGUGGCCUUCCUGCCGCACCACCGCAGGGCGCAGCUGGCGGCCAAGGACCGGCUGGUGCUGCGGCAGCUGGAGCGGGCGGGCCACGUGGUCUUCACGCCCAGCCGCUGGGUCGACAACCGCCUGGUCGUGCCCUACGACGACUGGUACAUAGUGCAGUGCGCUGCCGUGCUGGACGGGGUCAUAGUGUCCAACGACAACUACAGGGACCUCCUGGCAGAGGACGUGCAGAUGGCUAGGACCAUCAAGGAGAGGCUGCUGAUGUUCACGUGGGUCGACAACCUGCUCAUGUUCCCCCGGGACCCCCUGGGCAGGAACGGGCCCUCGCUGGACCAGUUCCUCAGCUUCCCCGCGUCGUAGCCUCGGGUGCGCUGUUCAUUACAGCGUGCCAUCGCCUGGACAGUGUCAAGACGGCUCACGCUGGUGUCCAUGUGUUCGUAAAGACCUGAUCAGGCACCGAAAAAUACCUGUUGUAUUGCACAGUUUGUGUUCCUUGAAUGUGCGAUUGUGGAAUCCUGGGUAAAUAUGUAGUGUAGCGGUAUUUGCGGAAAAAAAAAUGUUAAAACUCCAAAAAUACUUUUAUUAUUUGAUUUGCUCUUUCACUUCCUCUUUUCAUUAAACCCGGCAAAGAUAAGAAAUUCCAAAUACUUUAGGAGAUAUCAAAUUUUUUAAUUUUCAUCACAAUACCUGUGCAUUCAUGCGGCAUAGGUUAACGACUACAACAUUUUCUAAUGGCAAAGGAAUUGUACCCGCCUCUAACUUAGGUGGGUUUUUAACGUUUCAAAUUUUAAUGUUUUAUUUGUUAUUUGGAUAUUUUUGCGCAAGUAAUAAGUAAAAUAAAAUUACGUGAGUUCCUAUUGUUCAUCCUUUGUCCCGGUUUGUUUGGUUAGGUCAGUUACAUUAUAAAUACUUGAAAACUAAACAACCAUUAAAAUUAAUUCACAUUAUUUUUAAUGUCCGCUUAAUUUGAAAGUAUUUAUAAUGUAACUGACCUGACCUAAUCGACCAUUUUAAUUAAUUAAGCAUUCACAAACACACUGCAAAAUAAAAAAAAAUGUCUGCGAUUGAACGAUUGCACAGGUCUUGUAUUGAAAAAUAAGAACAGCGAUAUCUCCUAAAGUAUUUGGAAUUUCUUAUCUCCGCCGGGUUUAAUGAAAAGAGGAAGUGAAUGAGCAUAUAAUAAAAGUAUUUUCGGAUUUUUAACAUUUUUUUUCGUGAAUACCGCUAUACUACAUAUUUACCAAAUCCUGCGGCAUUGCUGCAAAUACUGUGGACUUGUUAAUAUUGUACAUAUUGUUACUUUUUAACCUCAUUUAUAAGAAGUGCUUAAUAUUAUAUUAUUUUCAAAAUAUAUAUUUACUAAAAAGUUA